UUAUCAAGAGAUGUUGAAGUCAGUUGCAAAUUUGUGAGGUUGAAUGUUUGGCGCUGUUAGAUUUUAGUUGAUUAGUUAUAAUUUAAAAAAAAAAAAAUUAGGAUAAUAAUAUAAUUUAUUAUUAAACGUGUGGUAAUUGUUUUUUAACUUAAAAUAUGUCGGGCAUGGCUAACUUAUCGAACGCAGAAAAGGAGGAACUUAUAGGACAGGUGAAACAGCAAAUUGCAGUGGCUAAUGCCCAGGAACUGUUGACGAAAAUGACAGAAAAAUGCUUCAAAAAAUGUAUUGCCAAACCAGGUGUACAAUUGGAUUCUACUGAACAGAAAUGCAUUUCAAUGUGCAUGGACAGAUAUAUGGAUUCCUGGAAUUUGGUAUCACGCACGUAUAGCAAUCGCUUGCAACGUGAACAGAACAAGAUGUAAAUAAUAGUGUGUUGUGUCCCGACCUGCAAAUUUUCUGUACGUCAUCAAUAACAGUUUUGUUUUAUAAACAAUGUUCUAUAAAAAGGCUAUUUAAAAUUCAAUUAUGAUAAAAAAAUAAAAUUUUUGUUAUAAAAAUAAAUUGUACAAAUAUAAAAUAAAAAUUAGUAUGUUUAUUAAAAUA